AUGUCCUCCUACCCAGACCUCACAAAAUUCAAAGCCCUCUCCUUCGACUGCUACGGCACCCUAAUAGACUGGGAAUCCGGCCUCCGCACCGGUCUCCAACCCAUCAUCUCCUGUCUUCCUCCCCCCUCGUCCUCCAUCACCGACAACGAAGCCAUCCCCACAAAAGCAUCCCUCACAAAACGCUUCGACACCCUCUCCGCAGCCCUGCAAUCCUCCUCCCCAACCCUCCGCUACGACCUCAACCUCUCCCGCUCCUUCUUCGCCCUCGCAGCUGAAGUCGACGUCUCCGUGACAGAAGACGAAGCUACCGCCUUUGGAACCUUACCAGGAACCUGGCUCCCCUUUGAAGAUACGAUUGCAGGAUUGGAGGUGUUGAAAAAGUAUUAUAAACUGAUUAUCCUGUCCAACAUUGAUGGAACCAACAUCGCCCACACAGAGGGGGUACUGAAACCUGUGGAGUUUGAUGCGGUGUACACGGCGGAACAGAUAGGAAGCUACAAACCCGCUUCUGCAAACUUUGAAUACCUGUUCAAGCAUGUGAGAGAGGAGUUGGGUGUGCAGUGGGAUGACAAAGACGGAGAGGGGUUACUGCAUGUCGCGCGGAGUUUGACCGCUGACCACGUCCCCGCGAAGAAGCUUGGUUUGAGGAGCGUUUGGAUCUCGAGGGGGGGCGAUACCAAAGAUGGGGAAGGGGUCGGCGGGGAUUGGGAGGGUGUGAAGGGGGAUGUUGGGUUUGAGUGGCGGUUUGAUACGAUUGGGGAGUUUGCGAGGGAGGUUGAGAGGCAGUUUGGGGAGAAGAGGUGA